AUGCUCCUUCUCUACCUCAUCCUUGUCGUCUUCGGGGGCCCCGCCACGGCGCAAAUGACGGCUGGGGCUGUCAGUGACAUGUUCGUCUGCUCUGGCCCAAAGACCGUGACCUACACUUGGGGCGGUGGAAUCCCACCCUACACAGUCGAGUUAUGGAUCUCGGGCCACGCAAACACCAGUGAUGCCAACUUUUGGCUCUACGUGGGGGAGGUGUCCACCGACUCCUCCACGCAGGCCACAUACGACUUUUACGAACCCAGUCAGCCCGAAACCUUCCAGCUAGGUUACAGUGACUCGUCCUCGUCUCCCACUGUGUAUUCGGCCGAUUUCACGACUUCUCCUUCAGUGACCAUCGUUUUUGUCACCACUUCCGCCUCAAACUCCACUUCAGUACCAGCGUCCGCGUCCACGAGCAAAACCAAUGUCGGUGCUAUCGCUGGAGCCGUAAUUGGCGGCAUGUUCGCCCUCGGUACGACACUCGGCCUUGGAAUCUGGCUCGCCCUGCGCCGUCGCAACCAGACGCUCAAGGCAUCUGGACCAAUGCCAAUCCCGUUCGAGAUGGAAAGCGAAACGCGUCAGGUCCAUGAAACAGUACAGGAUCCCGGAUACACGCCCAGCCCUUUCAGCAACCGACAGUCCACUACCUCCCCAGUCCCUCCUCGCACCGCCACAACCUUCAGCGACAGCAGUGGCGCGAAGCGCAUUAGCGGACUGACCGCCGUAACUGGCCUGAGUGUGGGCUCAGUUACAGGCUUCGGAGACGACCAGUCGUCCACAUCGCCCCCGCCCAACAUCGCUUCCGUCGCCUCUACAAACCGCGUCGUUUCAAGCACGCCUGAGCCAUCGGUCGAAACAGCUGUGGUCAAUGAGGUGCCUCCGGCUGCAAGUUCCUCCAACGCCCAAACCGCUUUCCCCCACGCACAGGACGCCGGACUUGUUGGCCAGGUCGAUGGCCUCCUUCCUCCUCUUUACCAACGUGCUUGGGACCCAGAGCGGCAGGACGCCCCGGCGGCCACACCUGCAGGUGGUGACGACAAGUGGCAGGGGUACUCUCCUGAGCAGUACCAGUGA